CAUUGUUGACAUUGACAUCUGGAACUAAAGAAAAAAAAAUUAGAUUUUAGAAUGUGUAUGUUGUGGAAUAAAAAUUAAAGAAAUUGCAUAAAAUAAUUAGAUAAACUGGUCUGUAACACUAUUGGUGUAUAAAGUUUGCAAUAUGUUUCUAACGAACAUAUUAAUGAAGAAAGCGAAAAGCAAGCUUGUGAUGGUGUUGAUGGAGAGUGCUGUGAGUGGUCAUAAGUUCGUCACAAUCAGAGAAAGGCUUGCUGACAAGUUGGAGUUGAUGCGCUUUGAUCCUUACAUUCAACACGAGAGCCUUUACAAAGAAAGGAAGAAAAUCAGGAGCAUCAAGUCAAGUUAGGUAAAUCAUAUUUUAUUCUAGUAGGUAGAAAUAAUAGACAGUGGUAUAUUUAAAAUGUUAUAAUUUAGUUAUUGUACUUUAAUCAAUAAACAAAUCUUUGGAUUACAUGUGUUUCACUAUGUUAGGUAACUAGCAAACCAUGAAAUUUGGUUUUAAGUACUGCUUACUAAUAUUCCAUACCAAAUUCCAUUGAUUUCAUUAGAGCAAUGAGUCUAAAUAUGUCAAUAUAAUGAGUUUAGAAUAUAUGCUUUACUUCUUUCAUUCUUCUUAUUCUAAACGGUUGAUAACAGUAUGCAAUUUAAAUUUCAAAAUACAUAUUAGUGCUGAUUACAUUCAUUUUUGAAAUGUGCCAUAUCAAGACAAAUUUAUGUGCUAAC